GCGGGAUGUUCGAAACGGAAGUUUGAGCUUUCGCCAUGACUAAUGUGACAAGAAACAACUUUGAAGAAUUACUUCCAGAAAUUAUCUCCAGUAUUGAAGCGAGUGAGUUUGUUGCUAUUGAUACGGAGUUCACCGGACUACACUUUGAACGAGACAGCUUUAACAGCUUGUUUGACACGACCCAAGAUAGAUACAAGAAGCUGAGGCAGACAGCCACUCAGUUUACCAUCUGUCAACUAGGUCUCUCGGCGUUCGUCAAAGUUCCAAGUAAACAAAAGUAUGCGGCACACACUUAUAACUUCUACCUUUUCCCAAGGAGUUGCUCCGUCAUUGAUGCAAGGUUUACCUGUCAGGCAUCCAGUAUCCAGUUCCUGUGUCAGUACAAGUUUGACUUCAACAAGCUGUUUCAUGAGGGAGUUACUUACGUCAGUACAGAGGAGGCCGAGGGGUUGCGGCAGCAGGCUGAGCAGCACGAAACCAUUCUUACAAGUGAUGUGGAUAGGGAUUUGAUCAAGAGUUUGUCGUCCCCGUUGUCUAAGUGGUUGCCUAGUGCCAAGGAUGGGGAUCAGAUCAGCAUGGCCAAGAUCCAAGAUGAUAUUUUGUCAAUUCAGGUGCAAGCAUUGUUGCGGAACUAUUUUCCCACUAUUUGGACAUCUAAAGUCAACACAGGGGAGAUCUUGAUAACGAAGGUUACCCCAGAGCAGAGAGCAAACUUACUGGCGGCAGAACCUCCAUGGACAGAAAGGUUACUUGAUAGAAUUGAUGGCUUUACAAAGGUCUUUAGGUGUCUAUCCGAGAGUAAAAAGCCACUAAUUGGUCACAACCUCCUCACUGAUCUUCUCUUCCUUCACGCCAAGUUCCACAAGCCACUUCCAGAGAAGUUGAAUGACUUCAAGAGGAAUAUUCAUGAACUGUUUCCUCACAUCUUCGAUACCAAACAUCUCAUCUUGAAGAUAAGAAAGGAACUAGAGGAGAGAGGUUUGUCGUUGAGCAUCACAAGUCUUGAGCAAGUGUACAGGAACUUACACAGUCAUAGAGGAAAGUAUCUUGUCUUGUACUCUCCUGAUAUAGUGCUUGCCGACAACGCCUUGAGAUACAGUGAGAAUGAACUCUUCCAUGAAGCUGGAUUUGAUGCCUACCUAGCUGGCUAUGUUUUCUUGAGAAUGGCUCACUACAUAGCGGCUAAGGAUACCAGUGCGUUGGAAUCUACUCCAUUACCAUUUAGCAGUUACUUGCCGGCUCUGGCUGAGUAUGAAAACAAGAUCAACCUGAUCAGAGCUCACAUGCCAUACCUUAGUUUAGCCGGUGAUGAUCCAGCCUCAUUUCUUCCGAAGCUUCUUUAUGUCACUGCAAGAGGGCGCUCUCCUCUUCAUGCUAUGGAGUUGACAGCCAAGAUGGAAGCUUUAACGUCAGCAGAUGUCAAGAUGAUUGAUAGGAGACAUGCAUUGGUUGCGACUGCAACAUACGGAGGGAGCAAGGAUAUUUUGAGGGCUUUCAAGAAUGACAAGGGAAUGCACAUAGCUUACUAUAACAUCCUCCAACAUUCUAAACCCAUCCGCUAUGGCCUGUGGGGUGCAGUGGCGGCAUUGGGAGCUGUGUGUGUGUGGACAUUACUUGGAGAAAGUCCCAAGAAAACUUAAAUGAAGAAAUUCCACGCCAACGGACACUUUGCGUGUUCAGGUCAGGACAUUGUUAUUCUGCAGUUGACAUUAUGGACUGCUUCUAAAAAUUAUUUGUGAUGUCAUUUGAAUCUGUGGAAAUGGAGGGACGAGAAAUUUCAGACUUUUGUCUGAAUUUUGACUUUCCUGCCAGGUGAAAAAGUGUUUGCUGUUAUCAUUUUCAAUUUAUGAAGUAAUCAUGCUCUGUGAUCUACACCUACGGUGCCGAGGAUACUGUUCAAGCUCCUUGAACUCCAAGGGUCACCAAAUGAUAGAAAUGACAUCAUUUCAGGAACCUGAUUAAAAUGUGGAUCGUGGUUUCAGACGUGUUUGUCCGUGAUGACACUCACUAUUGAAACAUUACCUUUGCCCAUGAAUGCCAAGUACCUUGCAAGGCCUAUUUGUGGACUAAUAUUUAGAACCUUAUGGAGAACCAAGGACAAAACCCCUAGAGGGACAACAAAAGGACCCAUUUUAAAUUUUCUUAAGAUCUGGGGUGCUCCAUGAGGAAUUUUGUGUACCAAGUUUACGGGAAGAUGUUUAAAGGGACACAUUGCCUUGGAUUGGUCGAGUUGGUCUUUGAAAAGCGUUUGUAACCGU